UUGUUCGUUGGCGCUCGGACGGUUCAGACGCGUUUCCUCGACCGUCUCUUGAGUAAGAAUCAAGAAAAGGAUCGAAGUCGUGUGCGAAAUUGUGUUUGUUUUAAUAUUAUUGAUAUUUAUAUCGAUAUAUGCACCUAUGCCGGUGUAGAUAUAUAUGUAUAUGUAUAUCGUAUAUAAGAUAUCGAAAUUAUUGUCUUUUAAAGAAGAAUGUUUCACAUUGGAUCGAAGAAUCGAUAGAGAUCGGUGUUAUAACGAGUGCAAAAGGAAAGCUAAAUUUGUGAUCUUUACUUAUGUCACCGGGAAGAAAUCGCGUGUUAAGUCGUUUAGGGGUGCCUUCGAGAAUGACUCUUAUAUCGAGGAGAGAUUCACGGUAAUCGACUGGCCGUUGAUCCUGCAAUUUUCUAAAGCAGACCUGGAAAAAUACAUACGCGAGAGAGUGGUUCGUGUGGGAGAAGUACCGAGAAGAAGAUGUCUACAUAUCGAUUCAACAACGCCUUUCUGGCUUUGGUGCUCGUCGUAGCGGCUUUCUUAAUACAAUUCGGAAAUUCUCAAUAUUCUUUCCAAGAUAAGCGACAGUCGCAGACGCUGCAUAAGUAUUGCGGGAAAAAUCUAUCGAAUGCACUUGGAUUGCUCUGCGACGGCGUCUACAAUUCUAUGUUCAAAAAGAACGGGCAGGAAAUGGAAAUGGACGAUUAUCCGUUUGCUUAUGACGAAUCAUAUCCAUUUAGAUCGGCAGUUACAGCGAAUGCAAUGAUGGGUCGUUUUGCCGGUACACGCUUUCGAAGAGAAUCUAGAGGCGUUUAUGAUGAGUGCUGCGUGAAACCAUGCUCGAUUCAGGAAUUAACUAGUUAUUGCGGCCGUGUUGCGCAAUAAUUAUCGACGAUCAGUUAAAUCGAUCUCUGCUUUACCACUCUUCGUCUAUUACCGUAAAUGUGAUAAUACCGACGAUAAUGACGUAUCAGGUCUCUGCUUUACCAUUAUUCUCUUCUGUAAUACCAUAAUGUGAUAAAUGACAAUUAAUGUACACCACAUCUCUGCGCGACACCUAUCGAAAGCUUUAUACAUGUUUUAAAUGCAUAUAAAAAAAAAAAAAAAUACGGAGACACCGGGUGACCCACAAAUAAUGAGUUCACGUAAGAUAAACAUUAUUUAUUUUGCGUGGAUCAAAAAACAUUCGCCUACUGCUUGCCUAUGAACGUUCGGCCUGAAAAAAAAAAAAAAGAUUCAAGACAUAUAUGUUAAGUUAAAUCAAUAAUCAUAUGCCUAGAUAUCUUUUCAAUCACUUAGAAAUUACUUCGUAGAUUUUCAUAAUAAAAGAACAAACAUUGAUUUUUCGUCAAUGAAAACUGUGAUUGUUAAUCGUUUGUUGAAUGAAAUAAUGUUGUUCGAAAGUACAUAUAUAUAUAUAUAUAUAUGAUAUAAAAUAUAUGUAAUAUAUAUAUAUAUAAUCGAAGUAAUAUUCAGAACGUUCGAAGUGUGCUUUUUAGCGAAUGGUUUUUUAAACUUUUAUGAUAAUAUUAUUUUUACAGCCGAAAAUAUUUAAUAAUACAAGUAUCCAAUAAGAUUGUGUAAUUGAGAUUGAAAGUUCGAAUAAUUGGAUUUCGAUCGGAGUUGGCGAGAUGUAUUGAUGAAAUAUAUUUUAUAUAGUUGAAGAAUCUAGGAACACGAGGAUCAUUAGACUUUGCAAAUAUUGAUCGAUUACAAAUUUCGAUUCUUAAGUUUUUAUUCUUAAGAUGUGGAAUACGAAUUUGUAAAUUCGUGUAGCCGAAUACUCGGCAUUUCUUAGAUAGAAAUCUAUUGGAAAUAACGUCCAUUGGACUCAAGCGAGGAUGGCAAAAAAAUUUCAAGAGAGAAAUAUAUUAUAUAUAUGUAUAAAUAUAUAUAUUAUAUAUAUGUAUAAAUAUAUAUAUAUAUAAAUAUAUAUAUAAAUACAUAUAUAUAAAAUUUAUGUAUGUAUAUAUAUAUAUGUGUGUGUGCGUGUGCGCGUGAAUUGUGCUAUUUUCGCAAGGAUAGUUUGCAGCAAAAAUUUAACAACGUCGUUGCUUUCUAAAGAUCUUUUUACAUUCGUAAGAGCAAUUAUAGAUCGAUUUCUAAUGAUCUGAUCUGAAAAUUUUCGAUCAUUCUAUGAUAUGAAAAUUUUCAAUCAUUCUAUAAUCUGAAAAAGAUCUUCGCUCAUAAUGUCGCAAUGCUAUGUGCUUCAAUACCAUCUUUUGAAGCACACUUUGUUGAUACAUUUUAAUAACGCGUAGUGUAAAAAAUUCGCCGAGAUUAAAUCGUUGCAUUGUAAACAGUACCAUUGUAAUCGUCCAUGCUUGUGCUAUCGCGAUUGAUUUCAAUUUAUUUAUAUUUAAUCGUCAUACAAUGAUGCAAAGAUGAUAAAGAGGCAAACAUUACUAUACCGUCAUUAAUAAUUUUCACUGAUUCAUAAUCCCUUUGUACUUCUUAUACUGCAAACUAUCGCUUUUUCUUAGCUGAUCGAUCGAAUAUAUAUUGAAAACAAAAAAAAAA